AUGAUUAAUAUUAAUAAUAAUUCGAUUAAUAAUAAUUAGAAUUAUAGAAAUAAUAAUUAUAAUAACAAGAAGAAAUAAGAAUAUAAUAAUAAUUAGAAAUGGAAGAAAAAAAAAAAAAAGAUUUAAAAAGAAAAUAAGAAGAAGAAGAAUAAGAACUAAAAAAAGAAGAAGAAAUUUAAUUAUUAUAAUAAAAAAAAUUAUAAUAAUAAUAAUAAGAACAAGAAAAAUAAAAAAAAAUAGAAGAAUAAGAAUAAUAAUAAUAAUCAAAUCUUUUAAAAAAAUAAAAUAAUUAAUAAAUAAAUGAAAAAAGUACAAAUAAAAUAUAGAGUAUGGCUUAAUAUAAUUAAUAGGAUUAAGAACUAGAAGAAUAAUAAAAAUAAUUAGAUAAAUAAUACUAUAAUAAUAUUAAAUAUUAAAAUGAAUAAGAAUAACUAUAACAAUAAAAACAAUAAAUGGUAUAAGAAUAAACAAAAAUUAAAAAGAUAAAAGAAGAACAAGAAAAAUUAAGAUUAGAAUAAGAAGAAUAUGAAGAAGAAUAAGAAUAUUUAAGAUAAUAAGAAUAAGAAAAAUAAAGAUAAAUUAAAUAAAAUAAUAAUAACAGUAAUAAUAAUAAUAAAAAUGAAGAUUUCUAAUCUAAACAAGCAAAAAUAGAAUAAGCUUUUAGUAGUUAAUCUUAAAAAUUUACAUUUGGUCCGUAAAAUAGAUCUUAAUAUAAUACUUAUCUGUAAUAAGUGCCCGAGAUUUUCCUUUAAAAAAUCUCAAAUUAAAUGA